AUGAAUUCUUCAUUUGUUCAGAUUCUCGUUACACAGAAUGAGUUUGUUACUCUGAUGGGGCUUUUCACGUGCGUCGACAUGGUCUUGUCGCUUAUGGGUAUCGUCACCAACGCUGUCAAUACGAAAACCUUCCUGGCCAUGGGAGCAGACGACGGGGUCACGGUGUCAUUCUUAUAUCUCUCAGCAUCAGAACUCAUGUGUUGUCUGGCCGCAUUGGGUCAAAAAAUUUCAAUGGCCUUUUGGGUCACGGAGUUGGCUACAGAUUACGAGACCUGGUUCUUCAUCAAUCCUUAUGUGGUCAACGCGUUUUUCGGGAACAUCCGUGCGUGUCUUUUUGAGAUACCAAUCCUGACAACGACGUAUCUGUCCUUAGCGAAAUGCAUGUGUGUGGUCAAGCCACUUAGUUUUAAAAGCAUGUUCUCCGUUUCCCGAACUCAGAGGAUAAUGGCGGGCGUAUGCGUCUUUUCAGUAUUGACCUACGUACCAAUAUUCGCUACCAUGGGCACCACCGUCGAAUUCGAUCUAAAAGUAAACAGGACUCGUCACAUGAUCUGGUUUGCUCCUGGUCGAGAUCUCGUCAAGGCUGUAAUAUCAACAACUCGGGACACAAUCUCGGCCAUCGGCUCUGAAGUCAUAGUCUCUAUUUGUCUCAUGAUCGUGACGAAAGCUCUUCACAGAUCAGUUAGACUUCGAGCACAGUUGAAAAACGGUACAUUUUCUGGCAAAAUUAAUCAACGCAAGUCAAGUUUAGAUUGUGAUGACAAAAUUUCACACAAGCUCAGUGGGAAAGAACUCCAGAUAAUAAAGCAGGUGGCGUUGAUUUCUGUGAUUUUUAUCGCGGGCAACACGCCAAAGAUCAUUGUCUUUUUAGGUGUGGCUUUUGUUCCGGACCUAUCUCCUUUGGGGAGAUACCGAAAUUUAUAUGACGUCAUCAUAAAAAGUAGGGAACUCUCUGAACUUAUGACGUCAGUUGUUAAUAUUUUUAUCUAUUACAAAUUUAAUUCAAAAUUCAGACAAUGUUGUAGAGCUUUAUUUUAA